AUGGAGGACACCAAGCAUGACGGAGUCCUUGACUCCAAGAUUGCAACUGCAGAACAUGAGGAAGGUAUACUCAGCCUCAACAUGGAGGAACUGGCUUACGGCCCUGCCGGAGUCCGUGGCAUCUUCACCUCCUCCUAUGUUGCCUUCUGCGCUGCCUUUGCCACCAUUGGUGGUCUACUAUUUGGAUACGACCAGGGUGUGAUCUCGGUCACCCUCGUGAUGGACCACUUUCUCGAUCGAUUCCCCGAAGUCGCCGACGGCGCCGCUGGCUCUGGCUUCGCCAAGGGUCUGAUGACUGCCAUGAUUACCUUGGGAGCCUUCAUUGGUGCCUUGAACCAGACCUGGACGGCCGACAAGUUCUCGCGAAAGUACACGAUCAUGAUUGCGGUAGUAGUCUUCAUCAUCGGUUCUGCCCUACAGACUGCGGCGACCUCGUACGCUAUGUUGGUAGCUGCGCGCUUCAUUGGCGGCAUCGGCAUCGGAAUGUUGAGUGGUGUCGUCCCCCUUUACAUCGGAGAAAUCGCCGCGCCAGAAAUCCGAGGCACCCUCCUCGUCUUCGAGCAGAUCUCCAUCGUCACCGGUGUCGUGGUCGCCUUCUGGAUUACAUAUGGAACCAAGGACAUCAACAGCGCGUGGUCGUGGCAGCUGCCCUUCCUGUUGCAGAUUGUGCCUGCUUUGUUCCUUGGUUUCGGCGCCAUACUCCUCCCACUUUCACCUCGAUGGCUGGCAACCAAGGGCCGAGAAGAGGAAGCCCUCCACAACCUCGCUAAGCUCAGACAGCUACCCACGACCGACCACCGAGUCCGACAGGAGUGGAUGGAGGUCAUCGCCGAGUCCAAGUUCCAGAAACAAGUGCUUGCAGAACGCCACCCACAACUCGUGGCCAGUGAGAGCUUGUCGAGCAAGCUGAAGCUGGAAGUUGUCUCCUGGACUGACUGCUUCAAGAGCGGCUGCUGGCGAAGAACGCAAGUUGGCGCUGGACUCAUGUUCUUCCAACAGUUCGUGGGUAUCAACGCUCUUAUCUAUUACUCGCCAACGCUCUUCGCAACAAUGGGUUUGAACCACGAAAUGCAGUUAAUCAUGUCGGGAGUCCUCAACAUGGUUCAGCUGGUUGGUUGUUUCACUGCCAUCUGGUCUCUGGAUCACCUCGGAAGACGCAAGCUCCUGUUGUCUGGUUCCAUUGGCAUGGCAGUGUCGCACGCGAUCAUCGCAAUCCUGGUUGGAAAGUUCUCGUAUGACUGGCCGUCGAACACCUCGGCGGGUUGGGCAAGUGUUGCUUUCCUAAUGAUCUUCAUGCUCGCUUAUGGCUGUACCUGGGGUCCGGUUCCGUGGGCGAUGCCUGCUGAGAUCUUCCCGUCGUCGCUUCGAGCCAAGGGUGUGGGUAUCAGCACAGCUUCCAAUUGGUUCAACAACUUCAUUAUUGGCCUGAUUACGCCUCCGCUGGUGCAGAGCACAGGAUUUGGUGCCUACGUGUUCUUCGCUGUGUUCAGUCUGCUGUCUUUUGUGUGGGCCUAUUUCUGCGUGCCCGAGACGGCCCGGAAGACGCUGGAGCAGAUGGACGAGGUGUUCAAGGACCGAGGCAACACGGCUGACGUGGCAAAGAAGCAGCAGAUCAUGUCAGAAGUCAUCCGGGAGAAGACUGGUGUCAAUCCUCUGGCAGAGCCGUAG